GCACCCUUCCUUCUCAUCCACCUUGGUGGGCAAGACACUAUUACAGCUUUUUCCAUCGAGGAUAACAACUUAUGGUUGAGGCAUUUGCUGAAUUUGGUGGUGCAAGUUGCCCUAGCCUUGUAUGUCUUCUGGAGGUCUAUAGGGGAGCAUAACAUGCACCUCCUUGCCCCUGGCAUCUUUCUAUUUGUCUCCGGCAUAAUUAAGUAUGUGGAGAGAACGAUAGCUCUGAUGUACGGGGGCCUAGAGAACAUGAGGAAUUCCAUUGGGGAUUUAGAGGAGUUUGAAGUUCGACCAUAUCCUGACUACAGUGGCUACUCAGGCAUUGUUCGUUGUGCUUUGCUUUCAGCGCUUUAUGUCCGACAUGUGUUUGCAGGAAGCACCAUCUUUCAGACGGGACCAAUAUCUAAAAGAAUGCAUUUCAAUGCGUGUCAAGGGCGAUACAGUAAGCUCGAGAUGCGCAAGUUAUUGGAGGUCGAACUUGGCAUAAUGUAUGGUGAUCUCUACACUAAGGCUAUGGUUCUCCGGACAAGAAGCGGAACUAUAUUUCGAUGCAUCUCUCAGGUAUCCACUGUUAUUGCUCUUGUGCUCUUCUUCCUUGCAAGCAGCAGCAACAAACAGCAGGGGCGAUACAGUAGAGCCGAUGUUGCAAUCACCUAUGUUUUAUUCGUGGGGGGGAUUUUUCUGGACAUUUGCGCGGUGUUUAUUUUGAUGACGUCACCAUGGACUUGGGAUCGGCUGAAGGGCUACAAUAAUGUUCUAGGCCGCGUUUCGUGGUAUUUUUUGUCCAGUAAUAUUGGAUGGACGGAGAGCAGGCCGCUGUGGUCAAAUUCCAUGGGGCGGUACAGCUUGCUUCGCUGGCUUGAGGGCAGCAGCAAUAGUAGUGAUCAGCCAAGGUUGUCAGGCUCAUGCAAGCAACUAAUAAAGAUGAUGGCCGAGAAGAUGAUGGGUUUAGUUUGCAGCACUAGUAGCAAAAAGGGAAAGUUGUUUUGGUUGAGCACGUUACUUGACACCAAGUACACUCAAGUGGAUAGUGAAGUGAUGGACAAUGUCGUGCAGUUCAUUUGUGACUUAGUUCGUGAGAUCCGGCACCAUACUGCAGCUGGGAGAGGCACCGUGUCAUGGCCAUGUCUCGGUGAAGUACUGUUGAGCAAGCUAAAAGUCGAGAUCAAGGUCGAAUUUGCUCAUGCGAUUGUCCGGCUCCAUGUGUUCACGGAGUUGCAUCUGACGAGGAGAUCGUCGUCAUACGGCCGGGAGAUCUCGGAGGAGGCAACGAAGCUAGCGGAGGUAUGCCGGAAACUAUCCAAUUACAUGAUGUACCUUCUCGCCGUCCACCCCGAGGUGUUGCCAGUCACCGGCAAGUUUGACGAUGUCACUCUGCCUUCAGACAGGUUGAUCUCGGCGUUGGGGCCGGACGACGAGUACGGGAUCCAACCAUGUUAUGAUACACUCAAGAACAUUAGGGACAUGUGGAUAUUGUUCCUCGCCUACGCCGCCGGUUAG